AUGUCCGUCUUAUUUGAAACGACGGUUGGGGAUAUGGUAGUCGAUCUGCACGUCAAAGAACGCCCUCGAAGCUGCCUAAAUUUCUUGAAAUUAUGCAAAUUGAAAUUUUACAACUUUUCGUUGUUUCAUUCCAUCGAGCAAAACUUCAUUGCCCAAACCGGUGAUCCUACAGAAACAGGGCGCGGCGGUGAUUCCAUAUUUAGGAUACUUUACGGAGAUCAAGCUUGUUUUUUCGAGAAGGAAACUAUCCCUCCUUUGAAACAUACUAAAAUUGGGACAGUAUCGAUGGUCAACAAUGGCCAGGACCUCCACGCAUCUCAGGUGCAAACGGCGAGGCAAGUCCGGGGUGUUUGCCAGAUGGUGUUUUCUCACAUGGGAUUCUUAACAGCCUCUCUUCAGUUGAACCUGAACUGCCGCCGUGAAAAGGAUAAAGAGGCCAAUCUAAGUGUUGUUUUCCAAGGAAUUAUGCAUACCAUCAUUCUCGACGAUCCGUUUGAGGACCCCGUUGGACUGAGAAUCCCGUCACGCUCACCCUCGCCUACCGAACGACUGCUCAAGUCGUCAAGAAUCGCAGUAGACGAAGUUACGGACGAGACAGAUGGCAAAUCGGAAGACGUGUUGAUAGAAGAGAUUGAAGCGAAAGAGGCUAAGGCUCGAGCUCAUAUUUUGGAGAUGGUGGGCGAUUUGCACCACGCGGAAGAGAGGCCACCGGAUAACGUCCUGUUUGUUUGCAAGCUUAAUCCUGUAACAGCCGAGGACGAUUUGGAGAUUAUCUUUAGUCGGUUUGGGACAAUACUCUCAUGUGAAGUAAUCCGUGAUAAGAAGACCGGCAAUUCUCUUCAGUACGCGUUUAUCGAAUUUGAAACGCCACAGCAGUGCGAGAGCGCGUACUUUAAAAUGGACAACGUGCUCAUCGACGACCGCCGUAUACACGUGGAUUUCAGCCAGUCGGUCGCCAAAAAUUUCCAAUGGAAAAGACAAGGUACGCCUCAAAUACAAUCACGAGGACACUAA